CCUCUUCCGCCCGACGUUCCCGUUGCCUUCUAGGAGGAAAUGACGUAAGAGCCGCGCUCUGAUUGGUGAGGGCAGGCGGGGAGCGGAAGCCGGGGUUUCGCCGCCCAGAGCUCCGGCAGCUGGUCCCUCCAGCCUCCUGGGACUUUGAUUCGUCUUACGCGCCGAGCUCCUGGCAAGGGCUGUCCGGGCAUGCCGCUCGGCCGCUUUCUACGAGGAGCUUAACCCGCCCCGCCUGCCGUCCGGAUGGGACCGCCCGAGUGCUCUGAAGUCUCCAGUGCAUAUUGAAUUGCUGAGGAAUUUGGGAAAAGACAAGCUGAAGUUCCCAUUCCAUGGAUCCCUUGGGGGCACCUUCCCAGUUUGUGGAUGUGGAUACGCUACCAAGCUGGGGCAGCUCAUGUGAAGAUAAAUUAAAUGCCUCUGGUACUGCAGCAGAAACAUUUCAGGAAGACGCUAUUAGAUCACCUUUUCUUUAUAAUAAGGACAUCAAUGGAAAAGUGGUUCUUUGGAAAGGAGAUGUAGCAUUACUGAAUUGUACAGCCAUUGUAAAUACCAGCAAUGAAAGUCUUACAGAUAAGAAUCCUGUGUCAGAAAGUAUCUUCAUGCUUGCAGGACCUGAUUUGAAGGAGGACCUCCAGAAACUCAAAGGUUGCCGGACAGGUGAAGCAAAAUUGACGAAAGGAUUUAAUCUAGCUGCCCGGUUCAUCAUUCACACGGUGGGACCCAAAUACAAGAACCGCUAUCGCACAGCAGCUGAGAGCUCCCUGUACAGCUGCUACAGAAACGUACUUCAGCUGGCAAAAGAACAGUCAAUGUCUUCUGUUGGAUUUUGUGUCAUCAAUUCUGCAAAACGAGGUUAUCCUUUAGAGGAUGCAACACACAUAGCACUUCGCACUGUAAGGAGAUUCCUAGAGAUUCAUGGGGAGACCAUUGAAAAAGUAGUAUUUGCCGUCUCUGAACUUGAAGAGGCUACUUACCAAAAGCUGCUACCUCUGUACUUCCCAAGAUCGUUAAAGGAGGAGAGUCGAUCAUUGCCAUACCUACCUGCAGAUAUUGGAAAUGCAGAAGGGGAGCCUGUGGUACCUGAACGACAGAUUAGAAUAAGUGAAAAGCCUGGUGCCCCAGAGGACAACCACGAAGAGGAUGAAGGCUUGGGCGUUGAUCUCUCUUUCAUUGGCUCUCAUGCUUUUGCUCGAAUGGAAGGAGAUAUUGAUAAGCAAAGAAGACUGAUCCUUCAGGGGCAGUUAUCAGAGGCAGCCCUGCAGAAGCAGCAUCAAAGAAAUUAUAAUCGCUGGUUAUGUCAAGCAAGAUCUGAGGAUCUGUCUGAUAUUGCUUCUCUAAAAGCCUUAUACCAAACAGGUGUCGAUAACUGUGGUCGCACAGUGAUGGUGGUGGUUGGAAGAAACAUUCCUGUAACGUUAAUAGAUAUGGACAAGGCGCUCUUAUAUUUUAUCCAUGUAAUGGAUCACAUUGCUGUGAAGGAAUAUGUGUUAGUAUAUUUUCACACACUGACCAGCGAAUACAAUCACCUGGACUCUGACUUCCUGAAGAAACUCUACGAUGUUGUUGAUGUCAAGUACAAGAGGAAUUUGAAGGCUGUUUAUUUUGUUCAUCCAACAUUUCGUUCAAAGGUAUCAACAUGGUUUUUUACCACCUUUUCUGUCUCAGGACUGAAGGACAAAAUCCACCAUGUGGACAGCCUCCACCAGCUCUUCUCUGCCAUAUCCCCAGAACAGAUCGACUUCCCUCCUUUUGUCCUGGAAUAUGAUGCCAGGGAAAAUGGGCCUUACUUUACAUCUUAUCCCCCAUCACCAGAUUUGUGACCUGCCAUCUUUCAGUGCUACUGGUUUCCAAGGACACCACUUUCUCCACGAAUCGCUACCUAUUGAAGUGAUAUUCAUUUUUGCCGUACAGAUCCAGAGAGCCUUUUGUCCCCACCUCUCUGGUAUUUUUUUAUUGACUGUAUAUUUUCUGGCACAUAAGCAAUCUGAAAAUAGUAGGCCAUUCUGAACUGCACACUUAUUUUAAAUUUGUAUAUUUGUAUCAAAUGAAAAUGUUCAUUUUUAGAGGGUUAUUAAUAGAAAUUGGGGAGCUACUUUGAGUAUCUUCAGUUUCCUGAAAGGACACUGGAUUCUCCAUUAGACAAGCCACCAAUAUUGUUCACAUCAUCUCUAACAUUGCACGCUUCCUUUGUGUACUUAAGUAUUUCUCAAAAUAUAUAGAACCAAUAUAUGCUAACUGGAUGCAUUGUUUGCUUCAGAUCCUGGCAUUACAUUUUAUACAGAUAAUUUGGUUAUGAUAAAAGAGGAUUGUCUGGGACCAAGGAUGUGGAAA